CUUGAACCUUGAAUUAUCUCAAGUCAUUGUUAACAGUGAAUACGAGCACUCGCAAUAUAAAUAAGGCUUGCGAGACUGCUGUUGGAGAAGCAUAACUCGCUGUUAAACAUUCUUAUCUCUCAACUACAAACACAUCAAUCUUUUGCAACCUAAUCAACAUGCGCUUCACAACUGCCACCAUCGCCACUAUGGCCGCUGCUGCCACUGCCACAGUUAUUCCUCGUUCCGACUUGGGUGCCUGGAACGUCACCAUGACCACAUAUGGUGGUGCCGACAGGGCUCACGGCGAGACCGUUACUGGUGUCUAUGCCAACGCCCAGCUGGCUGAUAACAUCCCGGUCACCUGCCGCUUCGACACCAUGAUCAACGGAGAGGUUGUUAAUAAGAAGACCUGCAACCCUGAGUCCUUCAGCUACGAAUUCGUGGGCGGCAAUGAGCUCACUUUGAGCCAGACUCUUACUCUCGAUGAGACAGAGGUUACCGUGAAGGGUGUUUCAGACAAGUUCGAAAUGGUCAGCGACGGCAUCACUGGCAAGAGCUUUGCUGCCUCUAACAUUCUUGUUACUGCUACUACUGGUGUAGCUUAAGUAGAACUAGACCCACUAUCGGCGUAGAUAUUGCUCUAUAUUUCAAUAGAGUGUAGUUUUUAAUAAUUUAGCUGAAUAGCAUUCAAGCUAAAAUUAUAUAUAUACCUAUUCCUAGAAUACUAAGAC